CCUUUGCUGUUUCCUUUCAGCGAAAGUGAUGUCCUCUCCCCAGCCUGUCGGGGAGCGCUGCCUUCGUGUGAUUCACUCAGCGCCGACGCUGCUGGUGCUCUGGAUCUGGGAGGUGUGGACGCGCCGAGCUCUGGGAGGGAGGGAACUUUCGGCCCGUCUCCAGUGACACACACACACACACGGGCUCUCAGCGCAUCAAGGCGGCCUCCAAUUGGGAGCUUCAAAAUGGAACUGUCUCUGUUCACAAUCGGAGAUUGCAGUAACCCGGGGUAGGAAACCCCCUUCAGAAACAGCCGGGUCCACCCCACUCAGAUAUUCACUAUCAUCCCUUGGUGAUGCUGAAACAAAGGAAUUGCAUUUCUGAAGCACCUGUUUUUUCACCAGCCCAGCAAUGAACCCAAAACCCUUUCCUAGCCAUCAAACACUUCUUUUCCUAAAACGGUAGUCACCGCGGAAAUGCAGCUGCCGGAUUACGCACGGCAAGAUCCCACAAGUGGCAGUGUGAGGGCCACCAGCAGUCGUUUGCUCCCUGGGUCUGUGGCGUUCGGGAAAACUGGGAAUGCGGCCGGGAAACCUGCAGGAGAUCCAGGAUCAGGAGAGAGCAGCAGAAGGCAUUCCACCAUCUGAAACCAUACUGAAUGCCGGGCAGUGCAACAGGAUCUGGGAAAUACUUAAAAGCUUGUGAACCAGGGCCACAGCUCAGCAGGGGAUGGUUCCAGUCUGUCGCCAAUUUAAAUUUCAUUCUGGGAAUCUCUGGCUCCGAUAAAGUCCAACCCUUCAUCUCUCGAGAUUCAUCAAACUAUCUUUAACGAUCAUCCCUACCCUUUGUUCUCACUAUUCAAGAGCCGGUGUAUGUGUGUCAGAGGUUUGGGGAUGUUCCCCUGACAUCUGCUUUUGGACCUGUUUAAAUCCUUGUGCAGAGACUCAAGACUAAAAUUCUGGCUGACACUCUCAGUGUUGACCUGAGGGAGGGCUGCAUUAUUGGAGGGGGUCAGAUUCCAUUGUGGAGGGGUGAUCGUUGGGAAACUGCUACUUUUUAGCAGUCAGUGAUCAUAUUGGCUCUGUUCUGCCUGAACAGCCGUUCAGAGCAUAUGUCUGGCAGAGUAAACAGCUGGGACAGCAGCUGGAAUAGCAGCAGCAACACUGAGACAAACAGCUGCAAGAUGAACCACAGGAAUAGCUGAACACACCAAAUCUACUGCCUCUGUGUGCAAGUCCAGUCCAAUCAGAGACUGCCUUGAAUCACUCCCAGAAGAACUAAGAUUCCUUCCUCCCUAAGUGGGGUCCAGUUGGAGUGAUGCAUCUAUCAAGUCUGCUGCCCCUUCACACCCUCUAUGUGACCCUGUCUCUCUCUGCACAGCACUUCCCAUCCUGGGGACAUUAUGACCUGUGUAAGACCCGGGUCCACUGGGACCAGUGGAUGAGUUGGGAUUACAUGGCCUGCCAACCUGAGACCACCCUGCUCACCAGGUUCCUGAAGAUCAGUCUGGAUCCCCCAAACAGCACGUGUGGAGAGACCCCCGAGAUGUACUGCACUCUGGAGAACCCGUACAUGUGCAACAAUGAGUGUGAUGCUCACACGCCUGAGUUGGCCCACCCUCCUGAGCUGAUGCUGGAUGACGAAGGCAGGAUUCCCACCAGCUUUUGGCAAAGUGUGUCCUGGAGGAGCUUUCCCAAGCCCCUGGUGGUCAACAUCACCCUGUCCUGGGGGAAGAACAUCGAGCUGACCGAAGACAUCAUCAUCACCUUUGAAUCUGGCCGGCCGGAGCAGAUGGUCCUGGAGAAGUCCCUGGACCAUGGGCGGAGCUGGCAGCCCUAUCAGUUCUACGCAGCCGACUGCCUCAACUCCUUCGGGAUGGAGCCGAGAAAGGCCCGGGAUCUGAGGGCCGCCUCAGUGCUGGACAUCAUCUGCACCGAGGAGUACUCCAGGGGCUACGUGUGGAAGGUGGACAAGAUGGUCCGCUUCGAGAUCCAGGAGCGUCUGGCCCUGUUUGGGGGUCCCCGCUUUGGGGACAUGGCCUCACUGUAUGGCCAACUGGACACCACCAAGGAGCUGAGAGAUUUCUUCACCCUGACUGACCUGCGGCUCCGGCUGCUGCGGCCGGCCACUGGACCCACCAGCGUCGACCCCCACAAUCUCUCCAAGUACUUCUACGCCAUCUCCAACCUGGACAUCCGUGGCCGGUGCAAGUGUAACCUUCACGCCAACAACUGUGUCAUGAAGAAGGGGAAGCUGAGCUGUGAGUGUGAGCACAACACCACGGGGCCGGACUGUGGUCGAUGCAAGAAAGGUUUUCAUGGCCGACGAUGGAGAGCGGGCUCGUACCUCCCCAUCCCCAAAGGGACGGCCAAUGUCUGUCUCCCAAACACCCUUACCAGUGGCGGAGGAGUGUGCGAUAACUUGCUAACACGGUGUGAGAACGGAGGUGUGUGUGAGGAGAACGGGAGGUGCCGGUGCCCCGCUCCCUACACCGGGCUCCUGUGUGAGAAAGUCCAGUGCAGGAAGGGAGCGGAAGGCUGCGUCUCACAAUCGGCCCGGGAGCCCUCCUUGCACCGGGCGCUGCUCUCGCUGACCGCGCUGCUCACCGCCGCCCACGGCCGCCCGCUGCUCUGAGCCGCUUCCAGCGCCACCGGAAAGCUGAGGAGAGCGGCAGGACAGAUGCAGCGUUUACUGCGGCGCCGUUCAAACACGCUCCAACCUUCCCUCUCCCCCCAUCCCCCCGGAAAGGAAAACUGCAGCUGAGGUCUGAGCCCGCCCAGUCACCCAGGCCGACUGGAUUUCAAGAGGGAAUGGACAGUCAGUGGGGAAACUGGACUCUGUGUCUCUUCACGGGACUCAAGCAGCUCCUCAUAACUCAUCCUCUCAAUUUUCAGCCGCUCGGCCCGUCAAAAUUUGGGACAGAAUCUUUCCUCACCUCAGGACACUCUGAAGCGCUUUGGAGGAACUUUUUUUCCCCAACAAAGCGCAAUGUGACAAUGGGCAAAUGACCAGAUUUAUGACUGAGGGAUGAGUACUGAUCAGGGCGCAAGACUGAAACGUUCUUCUUCAUAAUAGAUGCGUAAUUGGAAUCUUUUACGAUGAAGCAAAUUGUCGGUUUAGUGUUUCAUCUGAAAAGACCACCUUAAUUGUUGCCACACAUAUUCCCUGCUCCUUCCCUUCAUGAAUCUGCCAUCCCUCCCCUCACUGUUUCUCUUUCCCUCACUCCCUUUCUCUUUGUGUACAAGUGAAGGAGUUCGCCAGAAGGUAAGUGGGGUGUCUCCAGCAGUUGGCGGCAUUUUUCCCACCGGAUCUUUUCCAGCCGGUUUACAGAUUCCGGGAAUCAGUGGAACGGAGAUCGCUCUUCCGCAGUGUAGUUGUUGACGAGGGGGGUACAAAAUAAGCUCCACUGCUCCUUCCGACCAUGUGGCACAAGAUGAAAAAAUAAAAUAUGCAGGGGCCAACCUUGAUGUUUGCUGUGCACUGACGCAUCGGCUACUUUGCACAAAGUACACUUGUGAGGUAUUUGUGAGUUAUUGCUGUGACACCCCAUUCCAUGCAAGGAGAUCACUUCGUGUCAUAGUCAUAGAAAUGUGCAGCAUGGAAACAGACCGUUCGGUCCAACCCAUCCAUGCCAACCCAAACUAGUCC